AUGCCAACUCAAGUCUUGUCCGACUUAUUCUUUCUAAUGGUCCAUCAGAAUCAUCUUAUAACCAAAACAAGGGAAACAGAAAAGAUGUCAGUCACAGUCACAGUCAACAGUCACGGUCUAUGUCCACUGCCUCUUCAUGUACAAUCCAUCUCCGUUGGAGAAGAAGAAGCAAGAAGUGAAAAAGAGAAAAUGGAGGAGAAGCAGCGAAUUCAGAUUCCCAGAGUGAAGUUGGGCAGUCAGGGAUUGGAGGUCUCUAGACUAGGCUUUGGAUGCGGGGGACUCUCUGGUAUCUGGAAUGCUCCUGUUUCCCAUGAAGCUGGAUGUUUACUCAUAAAGAGAGUAUUCGAGAAGGGCAUCACUUUCUUCGAUACAGCGGAUGUCUAUGGUCAUGAUCAUGACAAUGAGAUCAUGAUUGGAAAGGCUCUGAAGGAGCUUCCCCGAGAGCAGAUUCAGUUAGCGAUGAAAUUCGGCGUUGGAAUGGUGGAGGAGGGUCAAGUUGCCAUCAGAGGUACUCCUGAGUAUGUAAGAGAAUGCUGCGAAGGUAGUCUUAAGAGACUAGGUGUUGAUUACAUAGACUUGUACUAUCAGCACAGGGUGGAUACCACAGUGGCGAUAGAGGAUACUGUGGGAGAACUCAAGAAGCUGGUGGAGGAAGGGAAGAUAAAAUACAUUGGUUUGUCAGAAGCUAGCAUCGAUACGAUAAAGAGAGCUCAUGCCAUUCAUCCAAUCACAGCUGUGCAAAUGGAGUAUUCUCUGUGGACUCGCGAAAUUAAGGAUGAAUUAAUUCCACUUUGCAGAGAACUUGGCAUCGGGAUAGUUGUAUAUAGCCCUCUAGGUCAUGGGUUCUUUGGUGGAAAGGCAGUCAUUGAGAGCUUGCCCGCCGAGAAUGUGUUUCUAUGCUCAUGUAUAUUGUUAUGUGAUAGGCUAUUCACCGGGGAGAACUUAGAGAAGAAAAAAGUUAUAUAUCAAAAAGUUGUUGACCUCGCCGCAAAGCAUGGUUGCACUUCUCCUCAACUCGCCCUGGCGUGGCUUCUUCAUCAGGGGGAUGACGUUAUCCCAAUACCAGGGACCAGAAAAGUUGAGAACCUUGAAGACAAUAUUGGAUCAGUGGCAAUUAAGCUUAGCGAAGACGAGAUGAAAGAAAUUCGUGAUGUCGUGACCAUGAAUGAAGUAAGUGGGGAAAGAGAGUUCGAAUUACUCGCCAAGUAUUCAUGGAGAUAUGCAAAUACCCCAGCAAGAUAAUGCGCGACAUGGAUAAAAGAUUGACCAUGGAUUUGCUCGAUGGAGGCAUUUCUCCCUUGUUAUCUCCGCUAUUUGUUGCGAGGAAAAUGUCGUAGUGAAAGUGUGAGAUGGGAGGUCGUGAUAUCCGUGUUUCAGUCUUAUCCUAAGGAGCCUUAAAGAUCAUGAGAAUAAGUGAUGUAGUCUUCGAGCUUCUUGUGAUAGAAACUGUAGUGUAUGCCUGAAUGUUGAAUUCAACAAGCAGAGGUGUUCUGUUUUAAGGUGGAGAAGCUUGGCCGUUGUUUUUUCCCGACCUAAUAUUUCAUCGGUUGUCCAACAAUGGGGUUCAGCUAAUCAAGCACAAUACAGUAGGGACCAUAACUUGUUGGUCCGAACAA